GACACUGAUAAAUCCGUUCAAAAAUAAAAACACCUGUUGAAUUAGUAGAUAAAGUAUUUCAGUAAAAUCAAUAGGGGAGGGAGGGAGCUGACUUAAGUCGUGGCGAUGGGUGGCUUGAGUUUAAGUUGAUGUGUCAACCUCUAGAAGUGUCUGGAACAGCCACCUUAAAUUAUGGGAAAAGAAAUCCACAGAUCAAACCCCAUUUCGGAAAAGCUUAUUAAUAAUAAACACCUGCUGCUUGCUAGUUAUUAUUACUCUCACUCUCUCUGCAGCAUUAUCACCUUUGAUCUCCAUUUCUUCUGAUGCUUUUGCCUCCCUGUGUUCCAUAAAUACCUUUCUUGAUCUGCAUUUUAGGCAGCCAUCAUGAGUUUUGGAUUUCGAGGUUCAAGAGGAGAUGUUGAAACUGGAUUUCCUACCUUUUUCACUGAACGACCUAAUCUGCGUAUUCAUACUGCGCGUCCUGUUAAUUCCAAUUCGCUUGCUUUUCUUGUCACAGCAGUUCUUUUGCUGUUUAUGAUUUUGAACUCUCACCAAAUAUCACCAAAUUUCCUGCUUUGGAUAGUUGUUAUUGUUUUUCUGAUGGCAACGAGUUUGAGAAUCUUUGCUACUUGUCAACAACCUCGAUCUCAUACAGCAGCUGCUAGUGGUUUAGUAGGUCAUACUGAAUUGCGUUUGCAUAUGCCACCAUCAGUUGCUUUUGCAACAAGGGGACGAUUACAAGGACUUAGACUUCAGCUUGCUCUUCUUGACCAUGAAUUUGAUGACCUAGAUUAUGAAACCCUCAGAGCUCUGGAUUCUGAUAAUGCUUCUGCGGCGCAUUCAAUGAGUGAGGAGGAGAUUAAUGCCUUGCCUGUUCACAAGUAUAAGGUUCCUAGAUCUGAGAAUGCCUGCACAUCCCAGCAGCAGGCGUCAUCUUCUUCGGCUCCAACAGAGAUGACGCAAGACUCUAGAAAGUCAGAGGGGACUGUGAAGGCUUUAGAAGAUGAAUUAACAUGCUCUAUAUGUUUGGAGCAAGUUAACAAGGGAGAAAUUGUUCGCAGCUUGCCAUGUUUGCAUCAGUUUCAUACAAAUUGCAUUGAUCCAUGGUUGCGGCAACAAGGCACAUGUCCUGUGUGUAAAUUUCGGAUUGGUUCAGGAUGGCAGGAAAGCGCAGAGAGCAUUUCAGAUGGUUCAGAUAUGGUCUAGUGGCUGCUUUCAAUUAUGCAUUCUGUAUAGAAAAAUUAGAAUAUUCUAUGAUCUUGUCAUUUUGCAUAAAAAAUGAAUGUAAAUAAGCAAACAUUUUGCUGAAUUUAGAAUGUGAAAGUUUAUUUAGAUGCUUAAA